UACAAGGGACAAAUUUAUGUUACUGGACAAAAAUUUAAAGACGAUUGUAAUGAUUGUGAAUGUAAAGAUGAUGGAAACGUAAAAUGUGAUCAGAAUCCAUGUCGAUGUACUUACAAGUAUAAGGUUUAUGAAUUCGGAGCACAGUUCAAAGAUGGCUGUGAAACUUGUACUUGUAAAACAAACGGUAAUGUGAAAUGUAUAAGAGACAGCUGUCAAUGCACAUACAAGGGACAAAUUUAUGUUACUGGACAAGAAUUUAAAGACGAUUGCAAUGAUUGUGAAUGUAAAGAUGAUGGAAACGUAAAAUGUGAUCAGAUUCCAUGUCCAUGUACUUACAAAAAUAUGGUCUAUGCAAUCGGAGCACAGUUCAAAGAUGGCUGCGGAUCGUGUACUUGUAAAACUAAUGGUAAUGUUGAUUGUAUAAGGGACAACUGUCGAUGCACAUAUAAAGGACAAAUAUACGUAAGUGGACAAAAAUUUAAAGACGAUUGUAAUGAUUGUGAAUGUAAAGAUGAUGGAAGCGUAAAAUGUGAUCAGAAUCCAUGUCGAUGUACUUACAAAAAUAUGAUCUAUGCAAUCGGAGCACAGUUCAAAGAUGGCUGCGGAUCGUGUACUUGUAAAACUAAUGGUAAUGUUGAUUGUAUAAGGGACAACUGUCAAUGCACACACAAAGGACAAAUAUACAUAAUUGGUCAAAAAUUUAAAGACGAUUGUAAUGAUUGUGAAUGUAAAGAUGAUGGAAACGUAAAAUGUGAUCAGAUUCCCUGUCGAUGUACUUACAAAAAUAUGGUUUAUGCAAUCGGAGCACAGUUCAAAGAUGGCUGCGGAUCUUGUACCUGUAAAACUAAUGGUAAUGUUGAUUGUAUAAGGGACAGCUGUCAAUGCACAUACAAAGGAAAAACAUAUGAUGUUGGGCAAACUUUUAAUGAUGUAUGCAAUCAAUGUGUAUGCUUAGGUGGUUACAACAUACGUUGUACUCAAAAUACAUGCAGAUGCUUUUAUAAAAAUCGGGAAUAUAAUUAUGGGAUGCAGUUUAAAGAUGACUGCAAUACAUGCACAUGCAAGACUAACGGGGUUGUCACCUGUUCAAAAAAUGAUUGCUUCUGCACAUAUAAAGGAAAGCGUUUUUUGCAUAAUCAAGUAUUUAAUGAUGAUUGUAACCAAUGCGUAUGCUUAGAUAAUUAUGUAAUGCAUUGCACCAGAAAUAAGUGUAACUGUACGUACAAAAAUGUGGUUUACAAAAUCGGAGAAGAGUUUAGAGACGGCUGUAGCAUUUGUACUUGUAAAACUAAUGGCAUUCUUGAUUGUUCAAAGAACGGCUGUCAAUGCACAUACAAAGGGAAAACUUAUGUAACUGGACAGAAAUUUAAAGACGAUUGUAAUGAAUGCGAAUGUAAAGAUGGUGGAAAUGUAAAAUGUGAUCAGAAUCCAUGUCGCUGUACUUACAAAAAUAUGGUUUAUGCAAUCGGAACACAGUUCAAAGAUGGCUGCGGAACUUGUACUUGUAAAACUAAUGGUAAUGUUGAUUGUAUAAGGGACAACUGUCGAUGCGCUUAUAAAGGACAAAUAUACAUAACUGGACAAAAAUUUAAAGACGAUUGCAAUAAUUGUGAAUGUAAAGAUGAUGGAAAUGUAAAAUGUGAUCAGAAUCCAUGUCGAUGUACUUACAAAAAUAUGGUCUAUGCAAUCGGAGCACAGUUCAAAGAUGGCUGCGGAUCUUGUACCUGUAAAACUAAUGGUAAUGUUGAUUGUAUAAGGGACAGCUGUCAAUGCACAUAUAAAGGACAAAUAUACGUAAUUGGUCAAAAAUUUAAAGACGAUUGCAAUGAUUGUGAAUGUAAAGAUGAUGGAACUGUAAAAUGUGAUCAGAAUCCAUGUCAAUGUACUUACAAAAAUAUGAUCUAUGCAAUCGGAGCACAGUUCAAAGAUGGCUGCGGAUCGUGUACUUGUAAAACUAAUGGUAAUGUUGAUUGUAUAAGGGACAACUGUCAAUGCACAUAUAAAGGACAAAUAUACGUAAUUGGUCAAAAAUUUAAAGACGAUUGUAAUGAUUGUGAAUGUAAAGAUGAUGGAAACGUAAAAUGUGAUCAGAAUCCAUGUCGAUGUACUUACAAGUAUAAGGUUUAUGAAUUCGGAGCACAGUUCAAAGAUGGCUGUGAAACUUGUACUUGUAAAACAAACGGUAAUGUGAAAUGUAUAAGGGACAACUGUCAAUGCACAUACAAGGGACAAAUUUAUGUUACUGGACAAAAAUUUAAAGACGAUUGUAAUGAUUGUGAAUGUAAAGAUGAUGGAAACGUAAAAUGUGAUCAGAAUCCAUGUCGAUGUACUUACAAGUAUAAGGUUUAUGAAUUCGGAGCACAGUUCAAAGAUGGCUGUGAAACUUGUACUUGUAAAACAAACGGUAAUGUGAAAUGUAUAAGGGACAACUGUCAAUGCACAUAUAAGGGACAAAUUUAUGUUACUGGACAAAAAUUUAAAGACGAUUGCAAUGAUUGUGAAUGUAAAGAUGAUGGAAACGUAAAAUGUGAUCAGAUUCCAUGCCGAUGUACUUACAAAGAUAUGGUUUAUGCAAUCGGAGCACAGUUCAAAGAUGGCUGCGAGUUUUGUACCUGUAAAACUAAUGGUAAUGUUGAUUGUAUAAGGGACAACUGUCGAUGCACAUACAAAGGACAAAUUUAUGCUACCGGGCAAGAGUUUGACGAUGGUUGUAAGAAAUGUAAAUGUUCAAUCGGAGGUUUUGUAAAGUGUUCGAAUGCAUCAUGUACGUGUAGUUUCAAUGGACUGUUGUACCAGCCAGGGCAGUCCUUUCAAUACGGUUGCAAUACUUGCAGAUGUAGCACCGUCGGUUCUGUAAGUUGCUCGCAGCUGCAGUGUCAGAACUGCAUAUAUAAAAAUAAAACUUAUGAUUUCGGUGCAGUUUUUUAUGAUGCCUGCAAUAGAUGUAACUGUUCUAUUGAUGGUACCGUGGAUUGUGAGAAGAAAUUAUGCCCAGUAAAUUGCACGCAUAACGGUAAAUCGUAUUCCAUCGGUGAUACAUUUCAAGUUUCCUGCAACACCUGUAAGUGUGCACCGUCGGGUAUUGCAGUUUGUACGCGGAAAGCCUGCCCCUCGGUGUGCCAGUAUUAUGGAAAAUCCCACAACCACGGAGACAUGUUUGCUUCACGAGACAAAUGUAAUAUUUGUUUUUGUAAUAAUGGUAUUACCCAUUGUACGAGACGUGUUUGUUAUCAUUAGAUUGAAUGGUACGGAAGAGAAAACUUAUUUUUGAGAAGGAAUUUUUAAAAACAAAACGGUGUAUACAUUUUGAAAAAGAUAUUUUCGUUCAUUUAUUUAAUACCAUAAUCAAUAUUUUUAGAAUGUAUGUCGGCUAAAUAAAAACUAUUUAUUUUCAAAG